AGGCUUAUAAAUUGUCAGAGCUUUGGGCUGCUGGCAGACUGAACUCUGUGAAAGAAAGUGGGAUUGAAAACACAAGUGGGUUGAGGCAAACUAUAAGAAGCUUCUGCUAAAAAUUACAUCAAGAUCCAAGGAAAGGUCUACCUUUUUUUAGUGGAAUUUGCAGUACAAUUUCGAAAUAUGUGUUGUGGAGGGUGUGCCAAGUGUCUUGGAAUUACUCUCAUUCCUUUAAGCAUACUGUGCGUUCUCGCCAAUAUUCUCUUAUUUUUUCCUGGGGGAAUAAUUGAAAUUAGUGACAAUAUUUCAGAUGAAGUUUGGUACUUUGGAGGAAUUUUGGGUUCUGGUGUGCUGAUGGUGUUUCCAGUUUUGGUCUUUUUGGGCCUUAAGAAUAAUGAUUGUUGUGGAUGUUGUGGAAAUGAAAGCUGUGGAAAAAGAUUUGCGAUGUUUAGUUCUAUAAUAUUUGCAGCAGUUGGAAUUGUGGGAGCUGGAUACAGUUUUAUUGUGUCAGUUGUGGCUUUGAACAGAGGCCCGAAGUGUAACACUGAUAGGAGCAAUAGUAGCAUCUGGAUAUAUCCAUUUUAUAACGGGGAUUACCUUACGGAUCAUAAUUUAUGGGACCAAUGCCAGUACCCAGAAUCCAUUGUGCCCUGGAAUCUAACACUCUUCUCUCUGCUGCUGAUAAUGAGUGGAGUUCAGCUGGUCUUGUGUGCCAUUCAGGCAAUCAAUGGUCUCUUUGGAGCUAUCUGUGGAGACUGUAAAUGUUGUGGUUGCUGUGGGGGAAAUGGAACAGUUUAAAGAAGAUGAUUGCAAUAUAUCAGCUAUGAUAACACAGAAUAUCCUUUCUGGACUUUCCUCUUGAUAUGAUGGGCCACGUGUGUUUUAUAUGAAACGGGUCCGGAAUGAGGAAUCUUUUCUCAUAAUGUAGGAGAAUUACUUUUUCCUUCCUGCGCUUAUUUCUCCUCACAUAUUUAGCACCAAUCGGACUAAAGCAUAUUUAUUUUUAUAAUAAAUUAUUUUCCAAGGCAAAGUAUUUGAGACAACACUGGUUAAUUUUGGCUCUUUCCCAUCAAGAAGCAAAAUUAUAAACCACUUGUGAAUAGUUUAUGUAAAGAUUGUCUAUGUUGGAUAUAAGUCAUAUAAAUGGAAUACUAAUAAUAAUUUGUAAUUACAGCUUACAUGUAAAGGUAAUGACAAUAUCUUUGAUACCAUCAAACAGUAUCUGCCUAGCCCAGAUCCUUGGGAAGGACUCAAUAGGUGGAUAAAAAUGCCAAAUCCAGUCAAAACAUUUGGAUGACUGUGCAAACAACCAUAGUAAUAAUCAUAAUAAUUUACAGGAGUGUGAGAUCGAAGCUCACAUUUGGAAUGUUUAUAGACUCUGUGUAGGUUUUUUUUUAAUCCUCCAUUAUUCCCUAUUGUUUCUUAAUUACUGUUUUUAAGAAUUGCAUGUUAGUUUGUAUUCCUACAAGUCAAAUGUUAUGCUCCUUCAUAGCUAUUUUUGUAUGUUACUGUGUUAGUAUACAGAAUUAUUUCAUUUUCUAAAUGAACAUUACUUUAAAACAAAUGAUAUAAAAAUAAUAAACCAUAAUGGAAUUAAAAGUUUGGGGUAGUAUAAAAUGGACUGAAUCUGCCUAGAAUAAAUCAGAAAAUUGAAUGGCUGAUUUACUAGCCAAAUAGCUUGAAAUGGAAAAUUCAGUGGUUGCAAAUUCAUGCUACUGGGCCUUUUAGCUUAACAAAUGUUUGUCAUGUUAGUUUCCAGAAAAGGGUCACUCUUUUUAUGUCAACCUCUCUGUUAAAUUGUUCUUUCAAGGCUUCUAUGGUCACCCCAUUCAAAGGUAACAUAGGCUUUAUUGCAGUUGGAUAAUUAGAGUUGCCAUGUAGAAACCAAAAGGUGUAGCUUUGCUUCUUCCUCUCUUACUUUUUUCCAGAUUAUAUUUUCUGCUUUCUGUCUCAUGUGGAAUAUACCAAAGGGUAGAAGCUCUAGCAUUAAAACAGUGACAACUUUCAAGUAUCUCCCUCCUUUCCCUUCCUUCAGUAAUGAUAGCUUUCUUUUAAGAUGUAAAUGGUAUACUGAGUUCCCAUAUCCCUCCGCACCAUAAAUACAGUAUGACCUAUAUUGGUUUGCCAGAUGGAAAAAGAACAGUGAGUGCUAUUCCAGAAUUUGUAGACUUCCUGCCUGCACUUGGCAUAGCAUAGCCCAAUAGUUAAGUUGGUUUACCCCAUUUGGAAGUAGAGCCAUGGCUUAUAUUCUACUAGCCGCAAGGAAGCAUCUUGUUUUGGAUAGCCUCAUAUGAAGAGCAUGUUGUGAAUAGUGUUGUAUCUGUUACUAAAAUCUGUACACCUCAAUAUUUUGAGACAAAUAAAAUCGUCACUUUUGCAUAUCUGCUGUA